AUGCGCUUUUCCAGCGUGACCACCCUGCUCGGCAUCACCACCGCACACCUCGCCGGUGUCCUUUGCCAGAGCCCCGGCGAUCCCCCACCAUGGCACAACGGUGUCAUCACAGAGGAUGGCUCUUGCGGCCCUGACAUGUCCGACGACUGGGUAUGCACACCUACCUGGGGAGCCUGUUGCGGUGCCGACGGCCGCUGCGGCUUCCAGGCAGCCUGUGGUGAUGGCUGUCAGCAAGGCUACGGCAACUGCAACGUCCCCUGGACCGGUGUGCCCUCUCCAGACGGCUCCUGCGGCUACCCAAACCUCUACAACUGCACCAACUCGGGCUUCGGCUCCUGCUGCUCCGCCACCAACUGGUGCGGCGACUCCUCCGCCCACUGCGGCGCCGGUUGUCAGUCUCUCUUCGGCACCUGCACCGAGUCCAACGUCAGCACCGACGGCUCUUGCGGCCCCGCCAACGGUGACAAGACCUGUGCCGGCUCCGGCUUCGGCUCCUGCUGCUCGGCCGGGGGUUGGUGCGGCAACACCACCGAUCACUGCGCCGCCGGCUGCCAGUCCGGCUUCGGCACCUGCGAUGCCGGCAGCGGCAACGUCUCCACUGACGGGCAGUGCGGUGCCAGCAAUGGCAAGACCUGCGCCGGUUCCGGGUUUGGUGACUGCUGCUCCGCGGGGGGGUGGUGCGGCGAAACGGCAAGACGUGUGCCGGAUCUGGCUUUGGAGACUGUUGCUCUACUGCCGGCUUCUGUGGCGGCACCACCACCCACUGCGGCGCCGGUUGUCAGUCCGGCUUUGGCACAUGCUCCGGGGGAAGCGGCACUAUCUCCACCGACGGGAGGUGCGGCACCUUCAACAGCAAGACGUGUACCGGAUCGGGCUUCGGAACCUGCUGCUCGGCCGGCGGCUACUGCGGAAGCACCAACGACCACUGCCAAGCGGGUUGUCAAGCGUCAUUUGGGACCUGUAGCAGCGGGAGCGGCACCAUCUCCACCGAUGGAAGAUGCGGCACGUUCAACGGCAAGACAUGCACAGGAUCGGGCUUCGGGAACUGUUGUUCCUCUGGCGGGUAUUGCGGAAGCGCAAACGACCACUGCCAAGCGGGCUGCCAGGCGUCCUUCGGUACCUGCAGCGGUGGAAGCGGGACGAUCUCGACGGACGGCAAAUGCGGCUUGA